AUGUCCGCUGAUUUGUUUUCUUUGAAUGGUAAGGUCGCCUUGAUCACCGGUGGUACCAGCGGAUUAGGCCAAGGAAUAGUUCGAGGACUUUAUGAAGCAGGUGCAGAACUUAUUCUUAUCCAUAGACCUUCUACAGACCCAACGGCUUUCAUUGAAGAGGUGAGAAUGUCAAAUGCCGAUGGUGCCUCCAUACAUACAAUUGAGUUGGAUCUAGUGGAUGCCGAUCUUGCAAAGCUGGAAGAGACCGUAACGAGUCCUGCGGUGGAGAAGAGUUCCACUGGAAAGAUUGACAUUUUAAUCAACAACGCUGCCAUUGCCAUUAAAUCUGAGUUUACAAGUUUUACGGAGAAAGAUUACGCGGCUAUCCAAAAGGUAAAUGUCGAUUUUCCAUUUAGAUUGACACAGCUAGUCACUAAACACUUUAUUAAGAACCAGAUUAAGGGUAGGAUCAUCUUUACUGCCUCCCUGUACAGUUUCGAAGUGACCUACCCGAAUCAAUCGGUAUAUGCGACCACCAAAGGUGCAAUCAACUCAUUAAUGAAGGCUCUAUCGGUUGAACUUGCUCCAAAAGGUAUUACCGUGAAUUCCCUUGUUCCAGGGUUCGUUAAGUCAAACAUGACAGCCGAUUCUUAUGGUAACGAGAAGAAGAGCAAUGAAAUUGUUUCUAGAAUUCCCAUUGGUCGGUGGGGUGAGGCAGAUGAUUUUAAGGGCCCAACUGUAUUUCUCUGCUCUGAAGCUGCUGCAUAUUUGACAGGAGUAUCGCUUCCAGUAGAUGGAGGUUGGCUAAGUAAGUAG